AUGGCCGUCAUUGCUCCACCGGCUGAUCAAGCUGCAGAUUUGCUGCAGAAGUUGCCUCUUGGCACUCAGACGAAGACUAUUGAAAUUCCAGAGCAUACCAAAAAGUCUUCUAAAGAUUCUGUUACUAGCAUUCGGAGUCAGUUAAAUGAACGGUCAGUGACGCCUACGAUGCCAGAUAUUAUGGAUCCGACUAUGUCUUAUAUCCCAAAUGGUUACCCUUCAACUGCAUAUUUUUAUGGGGGCUACAAUGGGAGCGGUACUGAAUGGGAGGACUACACUAGAUACAUGAAUCUGGAUGGAGUAGAGAUGACUCCGGGAGUUUAUGGGGACAAUGGAUCACUUGUAUAUCACCACGGCUAUGGUUAUGCGCCUUAUGGACCAUAUUCGCCUGCUACUUCGCCUGUUCCAACUCUGGGCCACAAUGGUCAGCUUUAUGGAGCUCAACAAUACCAUUACCCUACUCCGUACUUCCAGUCUAUGACACCAACAAUUAGUCACCCUACUACAGCUGCCACUGUCAAAGGUGAGAUAUCAACCUCUGCAGCUGCUGAUCAAGUGCCUUUGUCAGUGGAUUCUGCUAAUGCAAAAUCUAAUGACAUUGCAAAUAGCGGCAGUGUAAAGGGAAAUAAUGGUUCAGCAACUUCAAGAGCAGCGUACCAAAAUUCAUUGUUUAAUGCCAGUGACUCUUAUGCAAGGGGUGCCUUGUCUGGAGGGAUUCCUGCUUCUGGUUAUCAGGACCCAAGAUUUGGAUUUGAUGGUUUUCAGUCUCCUGUUCCAUGGUUAGAUUGCCCAUUUUUUCCAGAUGGACAGCCAAGGGCAGUGACUACUUCAUCCAUUUCCAAUGUUAAUGGCAAUUCCUUCUCGAGGAAUCAGAAUCAUCGGCCUCACCUAAUGGGUUUGCCCCAUCCAAGGCCUAUAUCACGUAUGAAUACAGCUAAUGGUUAUGCAAAUAGAAUGUAUCCAAACAAAGUGUAUGGUCAGUAUGACAGUGCUUACAAAUCUGGUCUAGCCUACGGAUCUUAUGGAUAUGAUUCACGAACAUAUUAUUGUGGAUGGAUGGCUGCUGAUGGCAAGAAAAAACCCAGGGGAAGAGGAAAUGAGUUCUACAAUUACAGUAAUGAAAGUAUGGAUGGUUUAAAUGAAUUGAACAGGGGACCAAGAGGCAAAAGCUCCAAGAACCAGAAGGGUUUUACACCACUGGCUCUGGUCGUUAGAGGGCAAAACAUCCCGUUAAAUGGAGCAGCAGAUUGCGAGAAAGAGAUAAAUGCAACUCCAGAUCAUGAGCAAUACAACCGAACAGAUUUCCCUGAUAAUUAUGCUGAUGCAAAGUUUUAUAUAAUAAAGUCAUAUAGUGAGGACGAUGUCCACAAGAGCAUCAAAUAUAAUAUCUGGGCUAGCACACCUAAUGGUAAUAAGAAGCUGGACUUAGCAUACCAGGAUGCUCAGCAAAAGUCUGGAGGCUGUCCUGUUUUCCUUUUCUUCUCAGUGAACACUAGUGGGCAAUUUAUUGGUGUAGCGGAGAUGACUGGGCCUGUUGAUUUCGACAAGAGUGUUGAGUACUGGCAGCAGGACAAGUGGAUAGGUUGUUUCCCUGUCAAGUGGCACAUUGUGAAGGAUGUACCCAACAACUUGUUGAAGCACAUCAUCCUAGUAAACAAUGAGAACAAACCCGUAACUAAUAGUAGGGACACACAAGAGGUUAAACUGGAGCAGGGUCUCCAGAUGCUCAAACUAUUUAAAGAUCAUGCCAGCAAACAAAGCGUCCUGGAUGAUUUUGAUUUCUAUGAGGAUCGGCAGAAAAGAAUUCAGGAUAAGAAAGCCAAGCAACAUCAGUUUCUGAAGCAGGCACAGCAAUGGGAAGGAAAACUCAGCGAAGAGAAGAGCAAGGAAAACGGGGAAGGUAAAAAUGGGGAUCAUAAAUCUCAAAAGUCAUUAGAAGUUGCCUCGGAUUUGAUGAAGGAAGCUACACCAAAAGUUGUUUCUAAUGGGGAUAGGAGCCCCUCAAAAAAUGGAUAUUUAUCUAAGUCUGGACAGUUGCUGGAGUCUUUAAAACCUGUUACAGUUUCAGAGGAGAAGAUUGUAGCAAAUGGGGUUGCAAAUGGUUGCUAG